AUGUUCGUGAAACGACCAGAAUAUUCCAGAAGAUACGGCAUAGUAAUUUUGCUUCAUGAUAUUCGCAAAUACUUCACUAAGAAAGAUUGGGCAAAAGGAGAAACUCAGGAAUUAACCUAUGUGUGUAAGAAGAGAAACUACAACAUCACGACUGAUGUAGAUCUCAGGGCCAACCUCCCAGUUGGCAUGCAUCCUAAGAACCUGACCACAAAAUCUCCUGAGCAUGAUAUUGAUGAAGCUUGGAACCCCAGAAAUCAGGAUUUCUCUGAUACUUCAGAAGUGUCCCUGGACUUUGGAACAUUUACCAACAAAAAACAACUCUGCUUGGUCACCUACUUUAUGAAGAACAUUCUUAGGAAGCUUCUGAUAAAAGCAAAGGCCUCACGUCAGCCAAGGAAGAACACGCCACGGUCCAGGAAAGGCAAGACUAAUGUCUGGGUCCACAAGCUGAGACAAAGAAAGAACCUUGUGGUGUAUGAAGAAAUCAGUGACCCCGAUUAA